ACGAGGGAUAACAAGGAAGUUGGAAAAUCGUGAAAACCUUURAACUUUGUAUGAUAUCGCUGGGAUAUCUGUGGACUUGAUGCUGUUGGUUGUUUAAAAUGGACUAUAAAGUCAAACUCAAGAGUCUUUUGGAUGAUGCUUUGAAAAUAGAGGCUCUUGAGGUGGCCUUUCAUGGGUUCUUGAGGAGAAAAGAUGGCGAUGAUGAGAGUGUAAAGGCAUCAUUUCUUGAGGCCUUCAAACCAUUUUGGGAUUCAGUACCUAAAGAACUAAAGGAAGAAAUUGUCCAACAGUUCAUGACAUACAUUCACGAACAGAAGAGUCUAAGAAGAAUUGACUUUUGUUUUGACUUUUUGGUCAAUCUAGUAGAGAAGAAUGUUAUCUCGGCAAGGUUGAUCUGUGAGGCAGCACUGAAAUCAGAACAUCUGAAGUUUGAAAAUGAAGUCACAUGGUGCAAAACAUUUCAACUUAUUUAUAGAAUUGUAGGAGGGACAGAUUACAAGGGUUGUCGUGGUGUAUUGAGCCUGCUGUUUGUUAAGUUCAGCAGUAUACCUAAUGUUCCUGACCCUGCCUAYUCUAGUCGUAUUCACGAUGCUCUUAAGGUUUUACAGUACAUAUUUGAUCGCAAAGCAUGUCUACUUCCUGCAUACUUUGUCAUUAGUGAGAUUUACAAUAAUUUUCCAGAAGUACAAGAAUCACAAGUAGUUCCUCACUGGUCAAUCAGCAAGUUGAUUUCUUCCUAUGUGGACAGCUUCAGACCACUUGCACACAUUGUUAGCGUCACAGGUCGGCCGUUCUUGCUUCCCAUCAUUGGUCACCCUGGGUCUUCUCUAAGCGUGUGGAAACUGGAACCUAGCACUCGUAGUUUUCCCAUCAAAGGCCUUUUACCUUAUGACAGGGAUUUGUUGGAGCCCCAAGAUCCUCUKCUGCAGUAUGUAAUAGGACAGCCUUACUCUCGUGAUAUAGUAUGUACAUUGCUUGGCCUUAACAAGCAGCAAAAGCAAAGAUGYCCUGCCUUAGAGGAUCUGUUGGUUGAUCUGAUAGUUAUUGCAAUGGAGAAAACAGAGAACAAGCCUGUUGAGAUGGGCGUGUCAGGUUGUCAGUUACUUUGGCAUCACUUGUCCAGCCAUCUCAUCUUCUUUGUGUUGUUUCAAUUUGCAAGCUUUCCACACAUGGUGACACAACUUUACGACAAGCUAUCAGGAAGAACAUUAAAGAAAGGAAGAAACCAUCUUAUGUGGGUUUUAUUGCAAUUUAUUUCUGGAAGUAUUCAGAAAAAUCCUCUGAGUGAUUUCAAGCCUGUUUUGAGGUUAUUUGAGCUGCUGUAUCCAGAAAAUGAGCCUCUACCUGCCCCUGAUAUCAACAGCUCYGAUUCUGUUCACUCCCUUGCGAUGGCUUGCAUUUGGAUUCAUCUCACUAAAAAGGCUGAGCUAGAGAAACUCACAAUCAAGUCACCAACAUCGCAUAUUCUAAAGAACCAACUGGAGUUUAUCCAUGAAUGGUCCAACAAUAAAUCUACUCCUUACUCUAUGAACAAUUAUGCUAUACCAAUUCUCUGCAAUGCWUAUAGCACUAUUCCUGCUCGCUUCACUGUUGCCAUGACUGUUUUAGUCGAGAUGUGUUUUGGUAAUGGUAAGGUUACCUUUGAUUCACAGUAUUUUUUCUCGAAUCAUGAAAUUGGGGACGUCUGGUGCAACAGUGGCACUUGCGCCAGCCCUGGUAGAGACAUACAGUCGACUGCUCGUGUACAUGGAAAUAGAGUCUCUUGGAAUCAAAGGCUUUAUCAGUCAUUUACUUCCAACUGUAUUCAAGAGCCAUGCAUGGGGAAUACUUCAUACAUUAUUAGAGAUGUUCAGCUAUCGUCUCCAYCACAUUCAACCAGUUUAUCGAGUWACUCUUCUCUCACAUCUCCAUUCCAUCGCUAGUGUGCCUAACACCAAUCAAAACCAACUUCAACUUUGUGUGGAAAGUACCGCACUUCGUCUCAUCACUGGUCUAGGCAGUUCUGAAGUGCAGGCACAAUUAACRAAGUUUUUAACAGAACCGAAACAGAUUCUCUCGUCGGAAUCGGAAGAACUCAACCGUGCUUUAGUUCUUACAAUCGCUAGAUCAAUGCAUGUUACAGGUGCUGAGUCUUGUGGUAACUGGUGUGAAGGCAUCUUACGCGUUUUAGUGUCUAACACACCACACAG